AUGGCGAGAGAUCAUUCGAAACAAGCACACGGUUUGUCGCUGGAACGCCUCAAUGCCGAUUUCAACUUCAAGACAAAAGACUACAUUAGUCUCGGGACACUAGAGGAGAAGUGGAGAUUGGUUUACCGCCGCCUAUUUCCCAAAGAGGCCGAAGAUUCCAUACCUUUACCUUCGGCCAAUGAAUAUCGUGGCCAGUUUGAUGGACUUAUCUCCGGGCUUGUGAGCGUUGUGGGUCGCCGAGCAAUGGAAGAAAAAGCCUUUCAAGAAGGGGUCCUCGAUUUUGCGCGCACGUGGGUACACGAACGUCAAUCUGCAAGAUCGAAUUCAGUCGAUUCGGCAGUGGAUUUCAUGACGAACCCUUCGAGCGCGACCAUGCACACCCCCCUAUCACCGCCCGUGUCUCACGAGAAUUCCUUCCAAACGACCACGGAUGACGAGGGCUACUGCGGUCAAAGCCCUAGGCUUGCCAACAAAACCAGCACAAAUCUCGAUGCGUACGCGCCAGCGGCUGCAGACCCCUGGUCAUUCGAACAAGUCUUCAACGCGGACCCAUUUUCAACCAACAACAACCAGGAAUGGAACAUCAGAUCACAGCCUUUGUCGGCUAUUUCUACAGAUGGAGUCACGUCGCUGGAGGACGUUGCGUGCUCUAGUCUACCACCCGCCCCGAUCCUUCAGCCACACGCUGGUAGCGCUUAUCACGGGUACGCUCCAUCGAAUGCGAAUGCCAGUUCGUCUCCGACGUACAGCUACUCUCUCGGCGACCACGACACCACUUCUUACCCUCGUGUUGAAACAAGGAACCCCGCUCAACGUACACCAUACCUUUCAGAUCCCGUUUUGAACUCGGGAUUUAGUUUGCAUGAAACUUCGGAAUCGCUAUAUCCAGUCCACCCCAGCUUCGAAGCGCACAGUCCCGUACACACAUCCCUAUCGCUUCCAAGUUCAUGUCUCGACAACGCGAACGAUUAUCUCGAUAUAGAGAACUUGGAGCACAAAUACGAUCCCAGCAUCGACGAAGGUAUCUCUUUCGAUCUGUAG